AAAUCCUAGUCCAUCUCUUUGAAUCUUCUUCUUUUUGCUAUUUGUGUAGAAACCCCAGAUAAACGACUCUAGCUUAUUUUAGAUAGAGCAAGCAAACAUGCCCAUUAAAGAGGAUGUAGAGCAUGGUGUGGAGGAGGAGAUAAGGGAGCCACUCAUGGCGGAAAACAAGAACCUGACAGAUGGAUUAGAAGAUCAUGAUGAAAGCAGCAAAGGACAUCCAUGGAUGGUCUACUUCUACACGAUUGUUGCAGUUUGUGGUUCCUAUGAAUUUGGAUCCUGUGCGGGUUAUUCAUCACCUACUCAGACUGCUAUAAGGGAAGAUCUCGGUCUAACAUUAUCAGAGUAUUCUGUAUUCGGCUCCAUAUUGACUUUUGGUGCAAUGAUCGGUGCAAUCACAAGUGGUCCCAUUGCUGAUUUUAUUGGUCGAAAAGGGGCCAUGAGAGUGUAUAGUGCUUUCGGUGUAGCAGGGUGGCUAGCUAUUUACUUUGCCAAGGGAGCUUUAUCUUUGGACAUUGGAAGAUUGGCAACAGGAUAUGGAAUGGGAGCUUUUUCUUAUGUGGUACCUGUUUUAAUAGCUGAAAUUGCACCCAAGGAUCUUCGAGGUGCAUUGACAGCUGUAAAUCAGUUCAUGAUCUGUGCUGCGGUGUCUGUUUCCUUCAUUAUUGGGAAUGUACUGUCAUGGAGGGCUCUAGCUUUAACAGGACUUAUCCCAUGCGCUGUUCUGCUCAUUGGUCUCUUCUUCAUUCCAGAAUCUCCGAGAUGGCUGGCAAAGAUGGGACGUCAAAAAGAAUUUGAAGCUUCCUUACAGAAACUUCGUGGCAAGGAUGCAAAUAUAUCUCAUGAGGCAGCUGAAAUCCAGGAAUAUAUAGCAACACUUGAAAAUCUGCCAAAAGCCAAACUUCUGGAUUUGUUUGAAAGGAGAUACUUGCGCUCAGUCAUUAUAGGAGUUGGAUUGAUGGUUUGUCAACAAUUUGGAGGAAUCAAUGGAAUCUGUUUCUAUGUCAGCAACAUUUUUGAGACAGCAGGCUUUUCCUCCACCGUGGGAACUAUAACCUAUGCUUUGCUUCAGGUUGUGGUUACUGGCCUUGGUGCAGCCAUGAUUGAUAGAGUUGGAAGAAAGCCUCUAUUAUUGGUUUCUGGGUCAGGGUUAGUAGCAGCCUGUAUCAUAACUGCCGUGUCGUUCUUUCUGAAGGUUCAUGAAUUAUCACUCAAUGCAGUUCCUAUACUUGCAGUAACUGGUAUACUGCUGUACAUAGCAUCUUUUUCAGUGGGAAUGGGAGCAGUUCCUUGGGUUGUGAUGUCUGAGAUAUUCCCUAUAAAUAUCAAAGGACAAGCAGGAAGUUUAGCAACAUUAGUGAACUGGUUUGGUGCAUGGUUGUGCUCCUACACCUUCAACUAUCUAAUGUCCUGGAGUUCAUAUGGUACAUUCAUCCUCUAUGCAGCAAUCAAUGCUCUAGCUAUACUCUUUAUUAUAGGGGUGGUACCUGAAACCAAAGGGAAAACCCUGGAACAAAUCCAAGCAUCUAUAAAUGCAUAGAAAAUGGAGGAAAAGAAGAAUGAAAAAAGCAAUAAAGAGCAUUCUUUCAAGGAAAUUCUCAUUUGAAGAAUCUAUUAGACAUUUUGGAAGUUGGAUUAUACUGAUUAAACGUUGUAUAUUUAUAAAAUAGACUACAGUAUCAAGCCCAUCUGAGAUCAAGAGCCCCAAACGCUCUCAUAAUCUCUCAGAAAAUAUCAAUAAUAGAAAGCUUGAACAAGAUUUGUUCAUAAAA